UGGAAGAUAUAGAAAUUAGGGAAAAUGUUAUAGAGCAAUUCAAAGAUUUUGCAAUUUUUGAAAUGGAGAGCAAAUUGAAUUGAAAUGAUGGGACAUGCAAUAUAUUAUGGAGAUAAAAAUUAGAAUUAAAUUCCACAGAACCAAUAUUAGAAAUAGAAGCAUGAGUGCCAUUUGGAUGUUGAACGGUCAUGAUGCUAGGACUGGACUCAAGAGAACUCAGUGAAUUGAUGGAUGAACAGUUAUGUUCAUUAGCACCAGAAUCAAGGAUCCACUUAGUGGGUGAAGAAACAAUAGAUUGCACUGGAUUGCUCUUUCUUCUUUCUUCUAGUCUCCUCUGGUUGUUUAGCCAAAGCACUCUGCAACCAAACUUUGCAGCCAAUUCCUGCUCAGGAACUAAUUACACUGCUAACAGCAAAUCCCAAACCAAUCUCAACCAUCUUCUGUCUUCUCUAUUCUCUAAUGCUAUCAACAGCACUGGAUUUUACAACACAACAAUUACCCAGAAUUCCAACACAGUCUAUGGUCUCUUUCUGUGCAGAGGCGAUAUUACUUCCCAAGAAUGUCAAAAUUGUGUUAACAUGGCAAGCAAAGAUAUCACACAACUUUGUCCCAAUCAAACAGGUGCAAUAGUAUGGUAUGAUAUAUGCAUGUUAAGGUACUCAGAUCAGUUCAUCUUCUCAACUAUGCAAGAAAAUCCAACUUGGUAUUUGUGGAAUGUCAAUUAUGUGUCAAACCCAGUUCAAUUUAAUCAGACUUUGGCAGAUUUAAUGAAUGGCCUUGUGAACCAAGCUGCCUUUGGUUCUUCCACUCGAAUGUUUGCAGCUGGGUCCGUAAAUUAUACAAGCAGCUUUGAGAAGAUUCAUGGGUUAGUUCAGUGUACUCCCGAUAUAUCUCAGAAUGAUUGCUAUAGAUGCUUAGUUAAAGCUGUUGCGAAUAUACCAAAUUGUUGCAAUGCAAAGCAAGGUGGGAGAGUUCUCAUGCCCAGCUGUAAUUUGAGGUUUGAGCUCAAUGAUCCUUUCUAUGAAUCAAUUGCUACUCCACCACCUCCAUCACCUCCUUCAACUCCUCCUCCUCUUUCCUCGCCUCCACCGGCGAUCAGUACGGUAACACAGGGGAAAGGAAACAAUUUGUCGACUAUUGUCAUUAUUAUUAUCGUCGUGGCAAUAAUAGCAGUUAUUCUUGUUUCUGCCGUAUUUAUAUGGUUUUUUAUAAGGAGGAAGCCAAAGAUUGAAAUUGAACAAUCCUUGCAAUUUGACUUUAAUACAAUAAGAGCUGCCACAGACAACUUCUCUGAUAUGAAUAAGCUUGGACAAGGUGGAUUCGGUGCUGUCUACAAGGGUAAGCUUUUGAAUGGACAAGAAGUUGCUGUGAAGAGGCUAUCUAGAGAUUCUGGACAAGGUGAACUAGAAUUUAAGAAUGAGGUGGUGUUAGUGGCCAAGUUGCAGCACCGGAAUCUUGUACGACUCCUUGGCUUCAGCUUACAAGGAGAAGAAAAGCUCCUGAUCUAUGAAUUCUUGCCAAAUGCAAGCCUCGAUCACUUCAUAUUUGAUCCAAUCAAACGCACACAAUUGGACUGGGAAAAGCGUCACAAAAUCAUAAGAGGGAUUGCUCGUGGGCUUCUCUAUCUUCAUGAAGAUUCUCGACUUAGGAUUAUACAUAGAGAUCUCAAAGCCAGCAAUGUUUUGUUAGAUGAGGAGAUGAACCCAAAAAUUUCAGAUUUUGGAAUGGCAAGACUUUUUGUAGUCGACCAAACUGAAAAUACCAGUAGGAUUGUCGGAACAUAUGGAUAUAUGGCUCCAGAGUAUGCACUACAUGGGUUCUUCUCAGUUAAGUCAGAUGUCUUUAGUUUUGGUGUCUUACUAUUGGAAAUUGUGAGCGGUCGGAAGAACAGUUUUUAUCAAUUGGAGCAAACUGAGGACCUUCUUUGCUCUGGAUGGAGAAAUUGGAGGGACAACACAGUCUUGGAGUUGAUGGAUACAACUUUGAGAGGAAAUUGUUCGAUAAAUGAAGUGAUGCGAUGCAUUCACAUUGGAUUGCUAUGUGUUCAAGAAAAUGUUGCUGAUAGACCCACCAUGGCAUCAGUUGAUCUCAUGUUCAAUAGCUCGUCCGUUACUCUCCCAAUACCAUCAGCACCUUCCUUUUUUGUUCAUAACAGAAACGAGGCAAACAAAUCUUCCUCAGAGAAUUAUUUGCAGGGAACAGAGUCAGGUUCAUCCACAACUAAGCCAACACCAAGGUCUACCAAUGAUGCAUCUAUUACUGAGUUGUUCCCUCGGUGAGAUACAGAGGA